AUGCUGUCAGAAGUUCGACAAGAAACCGAUUUGACUAGUGAAGCUGAUCUUCGAGCGGCUGAAGUUGUGCGACCAGAAGACGUGUUAAGGCUCAACUCUAUUACCCAAGAUUAUCUCUGUAAGCCGUCGGCCAACAUUUACGAUAUAGAGUUCACCAGAUUCAAGAUUCGAGAUCUGGACACAGACCAAGUGUUGUUUGAAAUAGAAAAGCCGUCGGAUGAUGCUUCUGAACGUGAGGACCAACCUACUGAGGCGGCUCGUUACGUACGCUAUAGGUUUUCAGAGGAUUUCUUGCACUUGAAAAGGGUUGGUGCGACAGUUGAGUUUGUGGUAGGAAGUAAACCGAUCAACAAGUUCCGGAUGGUAGAAAGGCACUUUUUCAAGGACCGCCUCUUGAAGAGUUUCGAUUUCGAGUUUGGGUUCUGCAUUCCAAACUUCGAAAAAUACCUGUGA